GUCAGUCCCAGCCCAAGGGUCGCUGGAGGCGCGCAGGCCGGCUCCGCUCCGGCCCCGGAGGAUGCGGCGCGCCCAGGAUGCUGCCGUGCCUCGUAGUGCUGCUGGCGGCGCUCCUCAGCCUCCGUCUUGGCUCAGACGCUCAUGCUGUGGUACCGACACUCUUCUCCCCAGAGACAGAGCUGCCCAGCCCUCCGUCUGUGUGGUUUGAAGCAGAAUUUUUCCACCACAUCCUCCACUGGACACCCAUCCCAAAUCAAUCUGAAAGUACCUGCUAUGAAGUGGCGCUCCUGAGGUAUGGAAUAGAGCCCUGGAACUCCAUCUCCAACUGUAGCCAGGCCCUGUCCUACGACCUUACCACAGUGACCCUGGACCUGUACCGCAGCAGUGGCUACCGGGCCAGAGUCCGGGCUGUGGACGGCAGCCGGCACUCCAACUGGACCGUCACCAACACCCGCUUCUCUGUGGAUGAAGUGACUCUGACAGUUGGCAGUGUGAAGCUAGAGAUCCACAAUGGCUUCAUCCUCGGGGAGAUUCAGCCCCCCAGGCCCAAGAUGGCCCCUGCAAAUGACACAUAUGAAAGCAUCUUCAGUCACUUCCGAGAGUAUGAGAUUGCCAUUCGCAAGGUGCCAGGAAACUUCACGUUCACACACAAGAAAGUAAAACAUGAAAACUUCAGCCUCCUAACCUCUGGAGAAGUGGGAGAGUUCUGUGUCCAGGUGAAACCAUCUGUCGCUUCCCGAACUAACAAGGGGAUGUGGUCUAAAGAGGAGUGCGUCUCCCUCACCAGGCAGUAUUUCACCGUGACCAACGUCAUCAUCUUCUUUGCCUUUGUCCUGCUGCUCUCCGGAGUCCUCGCCUACUGCCUGGCCCUCCAGCUGUAUGUGCGGCGCCGAAAGAAGCUGCCCAGUGUCCUGCUCUUCAAGAAGCCCAACCCCUUCAUCUUCAUCAGCCAGCGUCCCUCCCCAGAGACCCAAGACACCAUCCACCCGCUUGAUGAGGAGGCCUUCCUGAAGGUGUCCCCAGAGCUGAGGAACUCGGACCUGCACGGCAGCACAGACAGUGGCUUUGGCAGCACAAAGCCAUCCCUGCAGACUGAAGAGCCCCAGUUCCUCCUCCCUGCCCCUCCCCCCCAGGCUGACAGAACGCUGGGAAACGGGGAGCUCCCUGUGCUGGGGGACAGCUGCAGUGGUGGCAGCAGCAAUAGCACAGACAGCGGGAUCUGCCUGCAGGAGCCCAGCCUGAGCCCCAGCACAGGGCCCACCUGGGAGCAGCAGGUGGGGAGCAACAGCAGGGGCCAGGAUGACAGUGGCAUUGGCCUAGUUCAAAACUCUAAGGGCCGGGCUGGGGACACACAGCGUGGCUCAGCCUUGGGCCACCACAGUCCCCCAGAGCCUGAGGUGCCUGGGGAAGAAGACCCAGCUGCUGUGGCAUUCCUGGGCUACCUGAGGCAGACCAGAUACGCUGAAGAGAAGGCAACCAAGACAGGCUGCCUGGAGGAAGAAUCGCCCUUGACAGAUGGCCUUGGCCCCAAAUUCGGGAGAUGCCUGGAUGAUGAGGCAGGCUUGCAUCCACCAGCCCUGGCCAAGGGCUAUUUGAAACAGGAUCCUCUAGAAAUGACUCUGGCUUCCUCAGGGGCCCCAACUGGACAGUGGAACCAGCCCACUGAGGAAUGGUCACUCCUGGCCUUGAGCAGCUGCAGUGACCUGGGAACAUCUGACUGGAGCUUUGCCCAUGACCUUGCCCCUCUAGGCUGUGUGGCAGCCCCAGGUGGUCUCCUGGGCAGCUUUAACUCAGACCUGGUCACCCUGCCCCUCAUCUCUAGCCUGCAGUCAAGUGAGUGACUCAGGCUGAGAGGGUGCUUUUGAUUUUAGCCGUGCCUGCUCCUCUGCCUGGACCAGGAGGAGGGCCCCCAGGGCAGAAGUAAGGCACGAGGCAGUCUGGGCACUUUUCUGCAAGUCCACUGGGGCCGGCCCCAGCCAGGCCCUGCAGGGCUGGUCAGGGUGCCUAGGGCAGGAGGAGGCCAACUCACUGAACUAGUGCAGGGUAUGUGGGUGGCACUGACCUGUUCUGUUGACUGGGGCCCUGCAGACUCUGGCAGAGCUGAGAAGGGCAGGGACCUUCUCCCUCCUUGGAACUCUUUCCUGUAUCAUAAAUGGAAGCUUCAGGGCCUUGCUGCUGGGGUCAUUUUUAGGGGAAAAAGGAGGAUAUGAAGGCCGAGUUUGAUCUCUGGGAUGGUCACAUGGGGAACAUCCCCUCAUCAGGCCUCUGAGGCAGGAAGCUUGUCACUGGAAGAUCUUAAGGUAUAUAUUUUCUGGACACUCAAACGCAUCAUAAUGGAUUCACUGGGGGGAGACAGAGGGAGCUGAGACCCUGGAUGGGGCUUCCAGCUCAGAACCCGUCGCUCUGGUGGGUACCUCUGGUGCCCAUCUGCAAAUAUCUCCCUCUCUCCAGCAAAUGGAGUAGCAUCCCCCUGGGGCACUGGCUGUGGCCAAGCCACUCACAUCCCCACCUUGCUGCCCCACCAUCUUGCUGACAACUUCCAGAGAAGCCAUGGUUUUUUGUGUUGGUCAUAACUCAGCCCUUUGGGCGGCCUCUGGGCUUGGGCACCAGCUCAUGCCAGCCCCAAAGGGUCAGGGUUGGAGGCCUGUGCUUGUGUUUGCUGCUAAUGUCCAGCUACAGACCCAGAGGAUAAGCCACUGGGCACUGGGCUGGGGUCCCUGCCUUCUUGGUGUUCAGCUGUGUGACUUUGGACUAGCCACUUGUCAGAGGGCCUUAAUCUCCCAUCUGUGAAACAAGGACUCCACCUUUAGGGGACCCUCCAUGUUUGCUGGGUAUUAGCCAAGCUGGCCCUGGGAGAAUGUAGAUACUGUCCAUGGACUACCAAGCUGGCUUGAUCCUCAUGCCAGAGGCUAACAGAUCCAAUGGGAGUCUAUGGUGUCACGCCAAGACAGUAUCAGACACGGCCCCAGAAGGGGGCAUUAUGGGCCCUGCCUCCCCAUAGGCCAUUUGGAAUCUGUCUUCACACAAAGGCAGUUCAGUCCACAGGCGUGGAAGCUGUGAGGGGACAGGCCUGUGCGUGCCAUCCAGAGUCAUCUCUGAGCCCUACCUUUCUCUGGAGCAUUCUGAAAACAGACAUUCUGGCCCAGGGAAUCCAGCCAUGACCCCCGCCCUUCUGCCAAAGUGCUCUUAGGUACCAGUCUGGUAACUGAACUCCUUCUGGAGACAGGCUUGAGGGAAGAUUCCUCAGGGUUCCCUUGAAAGCUUUAUUUAUUUAUUUUGUUCAUUUAUUUAUUGGAGAGGCAGCAUUGCACAGUGAAAGAAUUCUGGAUAUCUCAGCAGCCCCAAAGUUCUAGCUCUGACUCUGCUGUUUCCAGUGAUAUGACCUUGGGGAAGUCAUUUAUCGUCUUGGAGCCUCAGUUUCCUCAUCUGCAGAAUAAUGACUGACUUGUCUAGUUCAUAGGGAUGUGAGGUUCUGCUGAGGAAAUGGGUAUGAAUGUACCUUGAACACAAAGCUCUGUCAAUGAGUGAUACAUGUUUUUUAUUCCAAUAAAUUGUCAAGACCACAGGAAUCGUGUGAAACCAGUGAGAUUGCUGAUGGCACAGUGGCUCAUGGAGGACUCGGUUGUUGAUAAUGAGGAGGGUAAUAAUGGGUGGGAUGUGUGAUGUCACUUUAAGGAAACAAGGCUGAGGACUCAGGCUUAAAUCUGACAGACCCAGGGAGUCCUCGUGCUACCUGUAUGGUGACCUUGGGCCCAUUACUUAUCCUCUCCAAGUU